GGCGGGGGGUUCAACAUGGCGCAAGGGCCCGUCGCUGCACCGCAAGAGCACCACAUAGCGUACAACGAUCAGGAUGCGUAUCUCGAUGUCGAUACUUACUCAUGGCAAGAAUGUCUCCAGACCAUUGAGGACCAUGAAUGGUCGUCCUUACAUUCGACUGCUGGAAAGUCUGUCUCGAUUGACGACGCGUGAGUGACACAAUAUACUCAACUCCAAUGACUGACAUCGGCAGGGACUGUAUGAACGAAUCCAUGAGGACAGACCCGGCAUCAGUGGAUAACUUCGCUGCCUCUGCACCUUCAAUACCCAAAGAAUCUCGCACCUUUGAGAAGCCAGCCCUCCUCGUCGACGGCGCGGAGUGUUGUGAGCGAAACCAUCCGAGAGGAGGUCACCUGCCAAGCCCCGCUGCCUCCGAGCUCGAAGUGACGAGAUCGGUGACGAUGGUAUCGACCGCAAAGGCGACGCCGACAGAACCGGAUAUAGCCGGUAAUACCACAGGUACAGCACAAUCACAGCUGCAAGACACAACAAUAGGGGAUCCUGGCCCUACUCCAGAUGUAAGGGCUGCGACUAUCACUGUUGAAUUCGCCGACGAAGUAUCACGCGACUUGGCUCCUCCGGAAGACCAAGAUGCACGACCUCCGCCUCAUGUGUCAAACGGUGCGGACAUGGACCAAUGCAUUGAAGCUACUCCAGAGGGCACCGCAGGCACAGUCGUCAUAGUUUAUCCCCCAACACCAGCUCUGAGUGUUUCAGGACUGCAUCAUCCGGUUGAUGAGAUCAGUUGCAAGCCAGUCUUAACUACAGAUUGUGAAAAUACUGAGGUUGUCGAAGAAGCAGCGUCCAGGACUAUUGCCGACCCGCCGCACUCGCAAGGGCGACCUCAUUGCCGCCCGCCAACUGCUAUCGACGAGCACGAAGACGAGGAGUUGCAUCUCGCAUUGCCUGCGCGCGUACCCACAACGCCAUCAUUGCGUGCUAUGGAUGGGCAGGUCAUUCGGCGCCCACCGCAAGACUGGCACAAAGCAUACAUUGCGAAGGAAGGCGUUGUCGAUUUACAGCUGCCCGGACACGGUGGGCGAUGCUCUGCAACAGAGGAGGCGGUUAUCACGGAUUCAUUCAUGACAUCGAGCACACAACCAGUACCAGCCCUGAUACCUGAUGGUCCUAGCACACCACCAGCCAGCCCUGAUUCUGGGUCGCAAGACGUUGGCCUUGCUUCCGUCACAGUAUCACUCGCUUCGUGUUCGUUGGCAAACAAAUCACCCUCACAGCAGCGCAAGCGCCCUUUUGCCGGCGCAACACCAGGAACAGGCACAGGUGAAGAGUCUCUGGCAAAGAGACAGAAACUCUGCGCAGAUGAGCCUGCGGCUGAUCAGGUCGACUGUGAAGAGGAGCUCGUUGCUGCAGAGAUCGACCACCGCGAGACAGCCGAGCAGGAACCCGGGGAAGUUCCGGUGGAUGAUUUGAACCCAUUGCAGGACGAUCAGACAUCGGUCUGUGAUGGUGAUGAUGGUGAUGAUGGUGGUGAUGAUGGUGGUGAUGAUGAUGGUGGUGAUGAUGGUGAUGAUGAUGGUGAUGAUGAUGAUGAUGAUGCCAGACCCGACGUCGACGCCGCGACAUCGAUCACAGCUACGGAGGACCUUGAAGAUCCCCGCUCGACGACAAGCCUCGACGACGCUGCUCAAGUCCCUGUCGCGGCGGACGCUUUUGAUGCGGUUGCCAGCGGCCCUUCGGACACGUCUACUAAGGACGCCAUUCCAUCUCCGGAAGACCAUGGGAGGCAAUCGGACUCAGCUACCGCCGUCGAGCAGUUCGCGGGACCAUAUACCCAAGCUCGUGGCGUGGAGAUGGAAGAACGCGUCACCACGGCGUCGACAUCGCCCACUCCUGCACCUUCUGUUCCACCACCCGGCUUUUCUGCCGAACAUGGUCGUGCCGGGAUCGCGUUCAAGCCUCUGAAGCCACCGAUGGAUCCCCUUGCGCCUACGCAGAACGAAGCAAACGACGAAGAGGACGAAGACAGCAGCCUAGAAGAGCAGAUGGUCGACACGGAACACGAAGAAGAAGCCAAAGACGCACAAGACUCAAAAGCGCUAAGCUCGCUCGAGUCCACACCAGAACCCGCGUAUCAAGACCGCAGUGUGGACAGAGCACUCGAUCCCAUGUCAGCCCCGACGCUGAGCAAUCCAACCGCCGCUGAACCCGCUACCACAGCUCUCCGCCACGAAGCAGAAUUCCACUACGAGCGCCGCGCCACGCGCUCCAAGGCAAGGACUCCCGACCCCGGCCGCGCGCCCGCGGAGCGCAAUCUCACGCCCGCGCCAGAGCUGGUGACAAAGCAGGACGACGCGCCCACAGCCCACACGGCGAUUGCAAGUGUAGUGCAGCUCAAGAGACAGACGCGCAGCGCGACGGUUGCACCCAAAGCCGCCGGGAAGAGCGCAGCGAAGAAUACAGCGAAUGUGGCGAAGAAUGUGGCGAAGAAUGUGGCGAGGAAUAUGGCGAAGAAUGUGGCGAAGAACAUGGCGAAGAACCCAGCAAAAGUGCUGGGCAAGCGCAAAACGCGCCGGGCUCCGGCGGUGGAGGACGAGCUGGCGCGGGCGGAGGUGCAGGCGCAGGCGGAGGGUUGUGUUGCGAAGAGGUUGAGGAGUAGGGGUGGGGGGUGAGUUUGUUGCGGGUGUAUUUGUGGGGGGAGAUGGGAUUGGAGAAGGAAAGGGGGUUGUAAAAUGUAGGUGGGGUUUUGACUAGCGUCCUGGCUGGCGUCCUGGCUGGCGUCCUGGCUGGCGUUCUGGCUGGCGUUCUGACUGGCGUUGG